AACGCACAUUCCCAUGCCUCCUACCGAAGGAGAGUGACGUUGCAACGAUAUCACACGGACAUGUCUCCUCCUUCUCUUCUCUCUCGCUCUGCGCAUUGUUUUCGGCGAUCCAAUCUGAGUGAGUGAGUGAGUGAGUGAGUGAGUGUGUGUCGGCAUGGAUUCAGUAUUUUUGAGAACAAGAUCGAGAUCGAGAUCGAGAUCGAGAUCCACGUUCUUCGCUGCUUCACUCCUAUACAUACUAUCUUCCCUCGCUUUCACCACCUUUGCAUCCAUCCACAUCUACGAUCAUGAACCUUUCAAAGAAGUCGGCAAUGCUUACCUCCUCGCCGGCGGCAGUGAAGGCAUCGUCGCUUCUCAAGACAAUUCCAUCCACGGUGGCCGUUCUUACAUUCGAUUUGAGAAUAUUACCUUUAGGAGAAGCAAAGCUGCAGCCAAGGAGCGUGGUUCUGUGCCAGUGCACAUCAUAAUUUUUGAGGCUGCUGAUCGUAAUGAUAUAGGUGGUUCUGCUUAUGGUGGACAGCGGGCAAUCUGUUGCACUUCUGAUUUAGCUAAGAUGGGAGGUUGUAAGCAAGGAGAGAUUAUUAGGAGACCUUCUGCAACAGACAUUAAUUGGCCAGUCAUUUUAGAUGUACAAUUCAAGGGGAAACAUGUCAUUACAAGUCUAGAUUCGAAGGAAGUAUCCAUAACUAAGACUGGAAUGUAUAAUUUGUUUUUUGUAGCUUGUGACCCCAAGCUCAAGGAAAUGGUAAUGAGCGGGAAGACAAUAUGGAAAAACCCUGAUGGGUAUUUACCUGGUAGGAUGGCCCCAUUAAAGAAGUUCUAUGUAUUUAUGACAUUGGCUUAUGUUUGCCUUAGCAUCAUUUGGUUCUUUCAGUACGUGAGGUUUUGGGAUGAUGUACUACAACUUCAGCACUGUAUCACAGUUGUCAUUGCUCUUGGAUUGUUUGAGAUGAUUCUCUGGUAUUUUGAGUAUGUCAAUUUCAACAAUACUGGAAUGAGACCUAUUGUGCUCACAACAUGGGUUGUAACUGUUGGGGCUUUAAGAAAAGCAAUAUCACGACUCCUCAUUCUCUCUGUUUCAAUGGGUUAUGGUGUUGUGCGACCUACUCUUGGUGGUCUUACAUCAAAGGUUCUUUUACUUGGAAUAACUUACUUUUUAGCAUCAGAGUUGCUGAAUAUUACUGAAUAUGUGGGGACCAUCAAUGAUGUAUCAGGAAGGGCAAGGCUCCUUCUAGUUCUUCCUGAUGCUUUCUUGGAUGCAUUUUUGAUAUUAUGGAUUUUUACGUCUCUUUCAAGAACACUGGAGCAGUUACAGGCAAAACGGAGUUCUGUUAAGUUGGAUAUAUAUCGGAAAUUCUCAAAUGCAUUAGCAGUAAUGGUGUUCUCCUCAGUUGCUUGGAUAGGAUACGAGGUAUACUUCAAAGCUACAGAUCCUUUCAAUGAGCGCUGGCAGAGUGCUUGGAUCAUCACUGCAUUCUGGGACAUUCUAGCAUUUGCAUUACUCUGUGUUUUAUGCUAUCUCUGGGCUCCAUCCCAAAGCUCUCAAAGGUAUGCGUAUUCAGAGGAAGUGGGAGAAGAAUCUGAUGAUGAAGAAUCUCAGUCUCUCACUAAGGGAAAGCAGGAAGGUCAAGGUGAACUAAGUUUAGUCCGGCAAGAGAAGAAUGGCGGAACUGAUGGAUCCUUUGAUCAAGAAGACGAGUCAGAAGAGGAUAAAAGGGAAUGAGCUCUUUAACUGCUUUUGUUACCCGCACUUGCACCGUUUUCACAUCGGGUUUCGUAGUCUCGGGCCACAACCCUUCGCAAGAGGAGUUGUAAAAUUUUGUUAAUUUGUACUCAAAUAGAACAGCUUGAUAUUCUUUGUUUUUGAAUACUAGUUGUUUUGUUAUGUAUGUAAUUAAUGUAUAACAAGUAUUGCAGACGCUGUGAUCAAAUUUGCUGUACCGUUCAUGGCCCCCACACUCGUGGACUUGAGAUCUCCUCCAUUGUUGGAUUAAGUGUGUGUUUUUAAACAAGGGUUUGUAAAUUUGAGUUUGAACAAACUUGAUUUUGUAGAAUUUGUUUUAUUUAAAAGUGAAUUUAAAGUGAUGUGAUUUAUG